GUGCGCGCGCUCCUGUAACGACUCGACUCUAGUGCCUCACAAACCGAGACAUCUGAAGUGCGUGAGUUUGUCCAAGUUCAACCAUAAAAUUAAAGUCUAAUAACGUCUUUAUUUGUUCGGUGAGGAUUAUCGAUCAGUUCAGAGUUGUGGACAUAUGCGGCUGCGGUUUGCGAGCGCUUCGUUCGAGUAGGUGUGGAGCAUGUGGGCCAGCUGCUGCGCCUGGCUCUGUCUGGAUGAUUCCACCGUGGACGACACCAGAAGUAGCACACGUCAUCAGGCCUUCACCAACUCGGGCUUCAGCAGUUACCCAUCUCCCCCCGCUCCAGAACAGACAUGCAAGGCCUGUGGAGGUCGCUUCGACAGCCACGCCAGAAAGCACGUUUGCAUGGACUGCAAGAAAAGCUACUGUAGCCACUGCUUCACUCCACAGGACCUCCAGCCAUGGCUGUGCCACACCUGCCAGCGUUUCCGGGGCAUCCUGUUCGAGCGAGCCGAGCUGAUGAAGCUCAAGGUAAAGGAUCUGAGAGACUACCUCCACCUGCACGAGAUCCCCACGCAGAUGUGCCGCGAGAAGGAGGAGCUGGUCGAGCUGGUUCUCGGCCAGCAGACGCCUACAUCUGACACGCACAUUCCUCCACCCCCAGUGACCACCCAGGAACCUAACACUCCAAUCAUAACCGUGAGCCCAUCGACGGACAAUGGCACAACAGAACUGGGGCCUCAGACUCAAGCAACAGAAGAUGGACAGAGCUUGGCUGAGGCGACAGCUGAAAGCGAGAUGGACGCUGAGCUGCAGGUGGAGCAGGAGUUGCAGUCUUCAGACUCUGAGGAAGUGCUGGCUCCGGGGCGACGGGCGUCUCUCUCUGACCUCCGAUCAGUGGAGGACAUUGAGGCUCUGAGUGUCCGGCAGUUGAAGGAGAUUCUCGCCAGGAACUUCGUCGACUAUAAGGGCUGCUGUGAGAAAUGGGAGCUGAUGGAGAGAGUCACGCGUCUGUACCACGACCAGAAGGACCUGCAGAACAUGGUGUCUAAUGCCACAGAAGGCACAGACGCCGGACCUGGGACGGCCGUGGAGGAGAACCUGUGUAAGAUCUGUAUGGACUCGCCCAUUGACUGUGUUCUUUUGGAGUGCGGACACAUGGUCACAUGCACAAAGUGCGGCAAGCGCAUGAACGAGUGUCCGAUCUGCCGGCAGUACGUGGUGCGGGCAGUGCACGUGUUCAGAUCCUGAACAACUGGAUCCAUUUUCCAUUCACAACUCACCUCUAUCUCACAGUCCUUCCCUCCAGCAACGGAUACUGUAGAAAACUGUCAGGUGGCCUUUAAUUCUCACACAAUUAUCUUGCGGCACUUUAAACGAAUGUGCAGAUCUCUGAGCAAUAACUGUACUGGAUUCAGUUUUCAGAUUUCAUUCUUCAAGUAACUUCAAAGUGUGCCUUCUGGAUGUUUUAAAGAGGAAGCUUUAUUUUUGAUCAUGGGAUUGUGUCACAUGUUAGUUGACACAAAUCAAUGCAACAUAAAUGCCUGUUUCUGCCAUUUCCCACAUUAGUAAACAAUGAAAGAAUCGUAUGAUCGCACACAGACAGCAUCUUCUGAAAGCAUGUAAGUGCCUCGCAAUGCACUGUCCCGGUGCUUCUCACACACCUGUUU